CUGUUUGCUGUUAAUUGGCCAUCACAUGAUGACAAAGCCAGGGCUGUCAGACUUACCCGUGAUUGGGGAAGGUUCACUCUCAAGUGUUAUGGGAUAGCAGCUACAGUGAGCGGAAUCCAUUCCAAAAUUACAACCUGCUUUCCUUUCAGGAACUCUUCAACUUGUUUAAUAGCUGCAAUCUUUUCGAUGUUCCAGUAAUUCUAUUUGCACCACCCUUCUUUCUGUGGAACUCUAUUCUGAAUCUGGAGAGAACUCGACGAUUGUUGCUCUGAAGUUCUUCAGCAGAAUUAUUUGUACUGUGACACAGUCUACAUUUUAUUUUGUUAAACAAAAAUGCACCUGGACAACAAAAGCCAGAUUGAGAUAGAACUGGCACGGAAAAUAGAUCCCCCUCAAAUGGCUUUGAAUGACCACCUCAAAAUGUCAGCCAGGAGCAGAGAUUGCGGGGAUCUGAAACUUCUGGAAGGCUUUUGCGGGCUUCUGCCUGGUCAGGAUGCAGGACAAGGUCACUACCAGAAUGGAGCUGUAGUAUCUGACCAGUACAAUAUCCACUGUGAAGAAUUCAGCCCAGUCAUUCAACAGGAGUGGCUCAAGUCCAAUGCAACAAGGAAUUUAGAAUACCAACACUUCAACUCCAAGUCACAGGGUAAUGAUUUCAAUGAUUGGACACCUUUAUUGAAUGACUCAUCUGAAGGGAAUGGGAGAAACUACCUGACGCUUUAUGAAGCAGAUCCUGAUGAAUCAUGGGAAUACAGUUCAGGUGAACUGGAGCAACGAGGCCGACUGGGGAGUGAGGUUGGCUGCCUGUCUGCAUCAAACUCUACCGAGAAAUGUGACAUCUUGGACAGUCUCCACCUGAACUUCAUACUUCCUAACAAGCUGAGAUGCAUUUUAAGAGUUCUGAAGAUUUCCAGCCUCUUCAUCUUUGUUGUUGUUUGCUCAGUUUUGUUUAGCUCUUAUCCAGGACCUGGGAAUAGAAGACAAAUGGUAGCUGUUUCACCAUUCGAAAACACACUUCUAAAUCUCUCAAACUUUGAAGGCAAUGUUCUUCUCAAACUGGAAAUCGCAGGACCAUUUGCAGAAGGCCAAAUUCACAGCAAUACAGCCGAAUACAUCAGCAUUCACAUUGAACAGGGUGGAGAUGGUGGCAGAAGGAGGAGGAGCCGUCAGCAGUUGGUGCACAAUUGGACCAUUCCAUUAAGCCCACAAAGGAAUCAACUCCUCAAGACAAAGACAUUUGAAAUGGCCAGCAGCAAUGACAUCAGUUUGAGUAUACUGGCCUUCCUCAAGAACAAUGAAAUGGUUCCACUCUCCAUUCGUCACCAUUAUCUCAACGCAAAUGUUGAGACUCAAGUUGCCAUUGCAUCCGUCAUUUUGGCUGGAGUCUACGCACUUAUUAUAUUUGAGAUUGUUCACCGAUCUUUGGCUGCUAUGUUGGGAUCACUGGCAGCUUUGGCUGCCUUGGCUGUGAUUGGUGACAGGCCAAGCAUGGCUACAGUCGUGGAAUGGAUUGAUUACGAAACACUGGCAUUAUUGUUUGGAAUGAUGAUUUUGGUGGCAAUAUUUUCAGAAACUGGCUUUUUCGAUUACUGCGCUGUCAAGGCUUACCAACUGUCUAGAGGAAGAAUCUGGACCAUGAUCGUCAUUCUGUGCCUCAUUGCUGCCAUUCUGUCAGCUUUCUUGGACAAUGUCACCACAAUGCUUAUCUUCACACCAGUAACCAUAAGGUUAUGUGAGGUGCUCAAUCUGGACCCUAGGCACGUGCUGAUUGCAGAAAUUGUCUUCACGAACAUUGGUGGAGCGGCCACAGCUGUUGGGGAUCCACCAAAUGUCAUCAUCAUUUCCAAUCAACACCUGCAAAAGAAAGGCCUGGAUUUUGCUGCAUUCACUGGUCACAUGUUUGUCGGAAUUGUCUUGGUCCUCCUCGUGUCAUUUCCCUUCCUGAGACUGCUUUACUGGAACAAAAAGCUGUACAACAAGGAACCAAGCGAGAUUGUGGAGCUGAAGCAUGAGAUUCACGUUUGGAGACUAACAGCUCAGCGCAUUAACCCUGCCAGUCGGGAGGAGACUGCAGUGAAGUGCCUGCUCAUGCAGAAGGUGCUCAAUCUGGAGAACGUGCUCCGGAAAAAGCUUAGGACCUUUCAAAGACAAAUUUCACAUGAUGACAAAAACUGGGAGACUAACAUUCAGGAACUGCAGAAAACACACAGGAUAGUGGACAAAGCCCUCCUGGUUAAAUGCUCAAUAGUUUUGGGAUUCGUUAUCUUCAUGUUCUUUCUCAACUCGUUUGUUCCCAGCAUCCAUCUUGAUCUCGGUUGGAUCGCAAUGUUGGGUGCAAUAUGGCUUCUGGUCCUGGCUGACAUCCAUGACUUUGAGAUUAUACUGCACAGAGUUGAAUGGGCAACCCUCCUUUUCUUUGCUGCACUCUUUAUCCUCAUGGAGGCACUGGCUAACUUGCAAUUGAUUGACUACAUUGGAGAGCAAACAGCCACAUUGAUAAAGUCUGUUCCAGAAGAACAACGGCUUUCCAUCGCUUUAAUCCUAGUCAUUUGGGUUUCUUCUCUGGCCUCGUCCCUGAUAGAUAAUAUCCCUUUCACAGCCACUAUGAUUCCCGUGCUGUUAAAUUUGAGCCAGGACACAGAUGUAAACCUGCCGGUGAAACCUUUGAUUUUCGCACUGGCAAUGGGAGCCUGCCUGGGAGGCAACGGGACAUUGAUUGGUGCUUCUACCAACGUGGUAUGUGCAGGAAUAGCAGAACAACAUGGCUAUGGCUUCUCCUUCAUGGCCUUUUUCAGAUUGGGCUUUCCGAUGAUGCUUGUUUCCACAACUAUUGGCAUGUGCUACCUACUCGUUGUUCAUGUUGUACUGGGAUGGAACUUGUGAACUGACUUCAAGAGAACAAAGGAGGCGCUGUCCAUGGAGGAUGAUGCUUAUUUUCAACAACUUAUGGAUCAUACAAUACUGAGCAACGCUGCAAAGCGAACUAACUGUUCAAUUCACAGGUUUAACCUAUUGACGGGUAUUUUUGAGACCAUUUACCAACCCUGCCCUGUGCUUGUCUAUACAUUGUAGCGAGCAUGAGUGCAAAGUGUGACAUAAAACCAACAACAAGGGAAUAAUCUUCAUGGCAAAAACAUCAUUACUGUUAAAAUCAAAUACAUUGUUUAAGCAGGGGCUAACUUAAAGGUUGUUAAAAAUUACAAAUUGUAACUCAUUUAAAAUCUUCAUGUACUACUAGUUCUUUAUCCAUGUAGUGAACAAUUACCCUGAGUGUUACUGAUGUUUAUGGUCGAAAGGUGUGGUGCUGGAAAAGCACAGCCAGUCAGGCAGCAUCCGAGG